ACUGCGUUAAAAUAGAUGACAGACAGAUAUAUAGUUUACUAAAGUGUCACGUGAACGAUUACAUGACAUAAAAUACACAAUAGAAGUAAUAAAAUAUAAAUUCACCCAGCCGAUAAGGCUUAUGAGACACUAUAUAGCAUUUAGAAACUGUGCUGUAUUGCUGUACAGACAGGCAACUGUGAGCUGUUGAUGUUACAGUUAGGUGCACAACAAGGGACGGUCUUGGAUGGGACUGCUUUUGGUCUGUGUCAUUGUGACCCGCACUGAUGCUGAGUGUCACUGUAACACCUUUACUGCCUGUGCCGUGUUCCCCUCUACUCCCUGUAGCCAGGUCGGUGAUCCAGACAGAUGUCAGGAAGGAUGGUUCGACUCUUACUGUCAGAAACAAAACAUUGCUUUACGGAGACCUUGUCACCAGACCAGUACAUUUAAUUCUUUGGGACAUGGUGCAGAUAUUGGUGUAGAUGGGACCAGCCCAAGGAUUUUCACGCAAUCAACCUGUACUCAUACACGUUUUGAGUCAAAUCCCAACUGGACUGUGAGCCUGAACAGUUCAGUUCAAGAAAAGAUACAACACAUUAGGCUCUAUCUACGUGAUUCAAAAGCGUAUCUGGACAGAAACAUCGGCAUGGAGAUAUUUGUGGGCAGCCAGAUGUGCUACAACUGGUCACCAACUGAACAUCCUCCUCCUAUAGCUGACGUCACCUGCCGCCAGCCAUUGACAGGGACCACGGUUACUAUACGGAUACCGGGUGACAGUAAAGCCCUUAGUUUGUGCGAGGUGCAGAUAUUUGUUUGCAGUGACGGAUGGUUUUCUGAAGAUUGUGACAAACAGUGCCGGUGCCUCAGCGGUAAUGAUGUAUGUGACAAGACCACUGGUCAUUGUUCCAGUGGAUGUUUCCCAGGAUACCAUGGCACUGACUGCCAAACAGUAUGCCCAGGUGGUUAUUUUGGUAUCAACUGCGCGUACCGGUGUGAUAACUGCCUAAAUGGUGCCAGCUGUAACAAGACUAUAGGAACAUGUCCUAGAGGAUGUGCAGCAGGGUGGAUGAAUGACGACACAAAUUUAUGCAUGCAGCCAUGUCCAGUUGGUUCCUUUGGUAUCAACUGUACCUCCCAGUGCAGAAACUGCAUAAGUGGUGUGAGCUGUGACAGGACCACAGGAACAUGUCCUGGAGGAUGUGCCGCAGGAUGGAUGAAAGACGACACAAAGUUAUGUCGGCAGUCAUGUCCAGUUGGUUCCUUUGGUAUCAACUGUACCUCCCAGUGCAGAAACUGCAUAAGUGGUGUGAGCUGUGACAGGACCACAGGAACAUGUCCUGGAGGAUGUGCAGCAGGAUGGAUGACAGACGACACAAAGUUAUGUCGGCAGCCAUGUCCAGUUGGUUCCUUUGGUAUCAACUGUACCUCCCAGUGCAGAAACUGCAUAAGUGGUGUGAGCUGUGACAGGACCACAGGAACAUGUCCUGGAGGAUGUGCAGCAGGAUGGAUGACAGACGACACAAAGUUAUGUCGGCAGCCAUGUCCAGUUGGUUCCUUUGGUAUCAACUGUACCUCCCAGUGCGGAAACUGCAUAAGUGGUGUGAGCUGUGACAGGACCACAGGAACAUGUCCUGGAGGAUGUGCCGCAGGAUGGAUGAAAGACGACACAAAGUUAUGUCGGCAGUCAUGUCCAGUUGGUUCCUUUGGUAUCAACUGUACCUCCCAGUGCAGAAACUGCAUAAGUGGUGUGAGCUGUGACAGGACCACAGGAACAUGUCCUGGAGGAUGUGCAGCAGGAUGGAUGAAAGACGACACAAAGUUAUGUCGGCAGCCAUGUCCAGUUGGUUCCUUUGGUAUCAACUGUACCUCCCAGUGCAGAAACUGCAUAAGUGGUGUGAGCUGUGACAGGACCACAGGAACAUGUCCUGGAGGAUGUGCAGCAGGAUGGAUGACAGACGACACAAAGUUAUGUCGGCAGCCAUGUCCAGUUGGUUCCUUUGGUAUCAACUGUACCUCCCAGUGCAGAAACUGCAUAAGUGGUGUGAGCUGUGACAGGACCACAGGAACAUGUCCUGGAGGAUGUGCAGCAGGAUGGAUGACAGACGACACAAAGUUAUGUCGGCAGCCAUGUCCAGUUGGUUCCUUUGGUAUCAACUGUACCUCCCAGUGCGGAAACUGCAUAAGUGGUGUGAGCUGUGACAGGACCACAGGAACAUGUCCUGGAGGAUGUGCCGCAGGAUGGAUGAAAGACGACACAAAGUUAUGUCGGCAGCCAUGUCCAGAUGGUUUAUAUGGUUCCAACUGUGCCUCUGAGUGUGGGAACUGCUUUCGUGGUGUCAGCUGUGACAAGAAAACCGGAACCUGUCCUACAGGAUGUGCAGCAGGAUGGGUCAAUGACGGCAUAUGCCUACAACUGAUCCCAGAGGAGGGAUUCAACUGGGCAGUGCCAGUAGUAGUGGGCCUGUGUGUGCUGUUGAUAUUCACAUUGAUUGGGGCAACAAUUUGUAUCAGAAGAUGGCUGCAAAAACUGGGGAGUUUGAAGGACUAGACGUCAGAUGGACACUAUGUGGAACUUGAGGCGAAGACAAAGGUGCCUGCAAAAGAAAGUACAUACGAACAUAUUGGCAAUACAACGCCUUACUACAAUACAGCCGGUCGUGUUCAGGAUGAAACUGGAUGAGAGGACAAAGGUUCCAUGCGAACAUUUUCACUCUGCACAUUGCCAUGUUCAUAGAUCUUUUUGAGGGUGAACGUAACUCACAGGGAUGUCAUACUAGAGAUACUAUCUGUCUGCCUUAGGUAGAUGAGAUGUGAAGGUCUUUAGAAACAACUGUCUAAAUGUCAUUGUUUUCCCUUGAAGAAUCUUUCAGAAUCUGACAAGUGAGUGAUUCAAAGUGAAUAACAUGUCUAUAAUGCAAGAUCUCCAGUGAAAUGGAUGAACACAACAGAUUUAAUCCGACAUCCAUGCUGCAACAUUGGACUUCUCCAACGUAGUCGCCGUUUCAGACAAGAAAUCCACAUAUCCGUCAUAUAAUAAUAAUGGUGAUACUCUUCUGCGGCCAUGAGUUUGCUUCGCUUAAAACCUAACAUAUCGGUUUGCUCCUAUUAUUCCCUUUCCUUCCUUUCCCUGUGAGAGACAUGGGUACUGACUCCCCAUCAGCCCAUUGCAGCAUGCAGAGCUUUGUGUAGUCGCAGUAGCAAAUAACUUUACUUCUGUCAUUACAUUGUCAUAAGAUUUGUUGCAAUAAACUAAUAUGCACU